CAAUGAGAUUACGUAAUUGCAUGAAAUUUCGGUAUAUAAACCUCAAACUCAAAUUAAGUUAGUACAUAGUCGUCUGAUCACCUCGGUAGUAAUUUUACACCUUGUAAACACCAAAAUAGUCUUGCAUGGGUGAAAUUUCGGCAAACAAUUAAUUAUGAAGAAACUGAACUAUGUACUGGAGAAAAAUUUUAAAUUACCGUCAUUCCAAACUUGCGGUCUAUUUUGUUUCACGUUGGUGUUCUUUGGAAAUGCUCUGGCUGAGGAAUUAAUUCAAACACAAGUUCGGAACUCAGACUUUAUUAAUACCACAGCCCUCAACUCUCGAAACGGGAGAAAGUUAUUCAAGGGGCCCGGAUUUUGGUUCGCCGAGGGAAUUUUGACCAGCUUAUUUAAUGCAGCAAAUCCACCACCUCGGCCGCCAACUAGAACCCCUUCAACUACUACAUCCCUACCAACUACGACAACUACAUCGCAACCAAUUACGACAACUACAACAUCCCAACCAACUACAACAACACCAACGACUACCACAUAUAGACCGCCAACAACCGUCCCUACAAUUACACCAGGACCGCCCAUAACUGUCCCGACAAUUACGCCCCCACCGCCGAUAACUGUCCCGACAAUUACACCACCACCGCCGAUAACUGUCCCGACAAUUACACCACCUCCGCCGAUAACCGUCCCGACAAUUACACCACCUCCGCCGAUAACUGUCCCGACAAUUACACCACCUCCGCCGAUAACCGUCCCGACAAUUACACCACCUCCGCCGAUAACCGUCCCGACAAUUACACCACCUCCGCCGAUAACCGUCCCUACAAUUACACCACCACCGCCGAUAACUGUCCCGACAAUUACACCACCUCCGCCGAUAACCGUCCCGACAAUUACACCACCUCCGCCGAUAACCGUCCCGACAAUUACACCACCUCCGCCGAUAACCGUCCCGACAAUUACGCCACCUCCGCCGAUAACUGUCCCGACAAUUACACCACCUCCGCCGAUAACCGUCCCGACAAUUACACCACCUCCGCCGAUAACCGUCCCUACAAUUACACCACCACCGCCGAUAACUGUCCCGACAAUUACACCACCUCCGCCGAUAACCGUCCCGACAAUUACACCACCUCCGCCGAUAACUGUCCCGACAAUUACACCACCUCCGCCGAUAACCGUCCCGACAAUUACGCCACCUCCGCCGAUAACUGUCCCGACAAUUACACCACCACCGCCGAUAACUGUCCCGACAAUAACUGUCCCUACGACAAUCAGAGCACCGCCGAUAACUGUCCCUACAACAAUCAGAUCACCGCCGGUAAGUGUUCCUACGAUAUCUACUACAGUAAGUGGACCCUAAGUGACUGCUCCGACUACAAUAAAAAUAGGGACAA